GGAAGGAGAGGGAGGGGCUAGGCUUGCUCCAUCUCCGCUCCUUCUCGAGGCUGCUGAGCAUCGCAAGCGUGAUGGCAAGCUAUUAGGUCUCCUCCCGCCUUUACCUCCCCCCCCUCCCCUCUCUGCUCGUUGGACCAACACCAACACUCGGGCUGGGGGAGCAUCAGCCGCCGCCACGCGCUGUCUGUCGGAAGGCGAUGUCCGGCGGCGGUGGCGCCAAGUACUUGUUGCGUGUCCUCGGUUCUUGUUCUGCCUAGUCAGCAGCCCCACCAAUUUGUUUGGUUUGGUUGCUUCUCUCAGGCUCCUGCAGUACCAGCGACAGCGGCGAUAGCAGUAGCAGAGGGAGUACUUGGCUCGCGUUCGGUGCUGACACACGGCGACUUCCGCCGUUCCGAUCUCUCGGCCGGGCGAUGGGCGACCUUGACCAAGAGCGGGAAUCUCUUCGGUUGUGAGGGAAAGGCUGGUGUGGUUGUGUGCUUAGGUCCCACUGCGAUUUCCCAGAUAUGUAGCGCAUAAGAUGUUUCCCGGCGCCACCCUGCUUUGUUCCUGCAAUCAAUCAGGCGAACGCGUAUGCAUCUAGUAAAGAUCACGCCUGUUAUUAUAUGAUGACACGACUUGAAGUGAGGAAGAGGCUGGUGUGAGUAAUUGAGAUUGAUUGUACGUGUGACUGCGUGGAUUGCCGCUGAAGUAGAACAAGGCAACAAGGGGGAGAACUAUGGUUUACUACUUGGGAAAGUUAAGAUCACGUCCUGCUGAUCUUGCCGUCCGUCUUCGCCGGAAUAGAACGAACGGUCAUUCUCGCUGUAUAUAGAUAUAACCACACAGCUGUAAUGACCGUACAUUCUAUUGGGGAAAUAAGGAAGGUAAGCUCGCGCGAAGUUGGAGGAGGAAGUGGAGGCGAAGCGUGGUGAUGCGCAACGAUGAGGCUGGGGCGGAUGGCGACGCUCCUCGUUUGUCGCAGCGCUGCAGAAGACCCGCCUACGUACGCUUGCCUUCCGUACUCUCAAAGUCUCAUGCGGACGUGAGAGGGAGAGUGCGAGGAAGAGAGCAAGUGUAGAGGAGGAGAGAGAGUCCGCGUGAGCGAGCGAGCGGACGGAAAGAGCAUGGGAAGUAGUGAUGGCUCACCUCUCUCUCUCCUCUAUUUCUCUCUCUUACUGCCUUCCGUGAUGGGUGAGAGAAUGGCAGUCGCUAUGAAUCUCCAGCUGGGUCGGCGGGUUCGCCGUGGUCACGUUUUUCAUGUAUUGUUUGUUGCCUUCACGAAGGAGGGGGGGGGGGAGAGGAGGAGAGAAUUCGGAGUGGUAGAUCUGUGGAAUGGGCAAAUGGACACAGGUAAGGCGGGAAAAGGCGCGAAACGGCGGGAACGGCGGGAAACGACGGGAAACGGCGGGAAACGGCGGGAAACGGCGAGAGUUCUUGAUUGUACUUGCAAGCGUGAUGCAUGAAAUGUUAUUCUUCUUCUUCGCAUGCGGGGGGCGAACGUGGUUCGUUGGACUGAGUCGUUGCCUUGGAUGCAGAAUUGAUCGAGAGAGCAGCUUCAGCUUCUCUUCAUUUGCACUGGCGGCCUUUGAUGUGUGUGGUCUUCCUUGUGCAAGCCGAGAGACGAACGUCGUCGUGGUCUGGAAUUGCCAUCGAAAUAUGGAUGGAUGGAUGGAUGGAUGACAUGUGGCAUAUGAGAGGAGAGCUGAUUUCGGACUAUGUGAGAGGAAGCUUAUCUCGGACUCUGUUAUAUAUUUUGUCCAUCGGAGAAGAGGUAAAGCUGAGGCCAGACGUAAGCUGAGAUGAUUUGCGUGUCGAUCAAGACGACUGCGCGAGAGAAGGAGCGCCGGGACAGAGAAGAGGGACACUGGGAGCCAGCCAGAGUUUGCUAUGAGAGGUGGUUGGUUUUUUGUAUCCAGUCAGAACGAUAAUGACAAGAAGAGCCAGUUAUCUCAUUUAUAGAGGUUUCACUGGCUAUUUCUUGCGUCAUGUGUUCUCUUCUUCUUCUUCUUCUUCAUGCAUCCUCUUCAGCAACGGCUUUCGACUAAGGGGCGGGAAGAAGACAUCAUUGAUCCUGGCCAUGUUGUACAAGGUUUGUCAUCUCUUCGUUCUUCCGAGCGUCUGACUCACCGGCUUUGAUGAGAUGGAUGUAUGCGAUCUGAUACAUGACUGCUAGGCUCGAUGGAGUCGGCGGUUUCAUUCCCCUUGGCGCGGCGGCCGAUGGGCCGCCGCCUAUGGGCGCUCGAUCGGGUGUGUAUGUACGGUAUGUACGGUAUGUAUGGUAUGUACGGUAUGUACGGUAUGUACGGUAUUUUACCAUAUAUUUUGCUAUAUUGGGAACGCACCGCAGCGCGAACGCCGCACCGACGAGCGGAUGCAUUUCUGCCGUCGUCCCGUUUUGCUUAUCACAGUCAUCGAUGGAUGUAGCCUACUUUUCCGUGUGUGAGGUGUAUAUGGUGGCAUCUUUCUACCACAGGCGGACGACGGCAGUGUGAAAAUAUCGGUCUCGUGUACCGUUUUGCGUUUGUGAGGUAUAUGGUGGCAUCUUUCUACCACAGGCAGACGGCGGCAGACGGCGGCAGUGUGAAAAGAUGUUGUUGGCGGGCUCGGCUCGAAAGUGAGAAAAGAUUUUGGCCGGUUCGAAAAUGAGAAAGUUUUUGGCGGUUUCGGAAGUGAGAAAGGAAAGAAUUGGCGGUUUUUCGGAAGUGAGAAAAGAUUUUGGCGGGCUCGGAAGAGCAAAAAAUUUGGCGGUUUUUCGGAAGGGAGAAGGAUUUUGGGGCGGAAGUGAGAAAGGAAGGAAUUGGCGGCGGGUUUUCGGAAGUGAGAAAGAUUUUGGCGGGCUCGGAAGAGAGCGAGAGAUUUGGCGGUCUUUCGGAAGGGACAAGGAUUUUGGCGGGUUCGGAAGAGCGCGAAAAAUUUGGCGGGUUUUCGGAUGAGAGAAAGAAAGUUUUGGCGGGUUCGGAAGAGAGAAAGGUAGGAGCUGUUUGCGGAAGCAGAGUGGCAUUGAGAAGAUGGGCGGGAAAGGAGAAGCAGUUGGAAGUUGAACGUUGUAGAAAAAAUUGGGUUUGGGUUUGGUAAAGGUGAAGCCAGCGAGUUGGGCGGGGAGAACUGUGUCUUCUGUGGAUAUAUUUUUACAAGUUUAGUCACUGGUAGUAUGGAAAAGGAUCGUGUGAAGAGCUGUGAAGAUGCAUUGGUCCGUGUUGCGGUUUCGUAUCCUCGAUACGAAACCGGCUGCUGCUGCCGUCUUGUGAACAGUGGGUGUUUUAUGUGCACGACGGCUGCGCGUUGUUUGUCGGUGAAUCUAUCGCUGGCGCGGGCGCUCUAUCAGCUUUUUGCUCUUGAACUGCAUGAGCGCGAAGAAGUCCCCACUAUCAGAGGAUUCGUCGUCGUCUUGAUGCCCGGGGGCUUGUCGUCAGCGUCUACUCAAGUUCAUUUUCGGAGGUAGAUUAUCGCGGAUGAUGUCCAAUCAUGUGGGAAAGCUUCCUUAUCCAAUCAUCAUGAGCGGUCCAAUCUUUUUCUUCUUCUUCUUCUUUGUAUUCGUUGAUUACGGUUUAGCGUAGCGUUUGGUAGCGAACCUUCUCCGGCAGCUUUUGUUUCUUGUUUCAUACAGAAAUCGGUCGUGAGCCGCUCUCCCCAUAUUCAUUUUUCAUUGAUGUCUUCUAUAAUUAGCAAUCAAACG